AUGGAGACAACGAGAUCGAGGGCAUCCUCAGCAAGAUUACAGAUGACACCAAGGGAUAACGUCUCCUGUGGUGGGACAAACAGUUUCUUUGACCGGCUUUUGGUCCCUCCCUGGUCACUCUGGCACGGGGCCGAGGGCAGCGAGGUCGCCAGUGGCAGGGGAGCGAGGAGCCCUGGGCAAGCUACAUCCUGGCACAGCCACGCUGGUCAUCUGAUCCCUCCCGUGUCCCGGCUGGCGGGGUAUAAAUCCAGGACCUACGGAGAGCCCCGUGCUCCGACCUCACUCACCACCAUGGGAUGGAGCUGCUGCUUCCUCCUGCUCCUGUUCCUGGGGCCAGGAGUCAUCUUCUCUCUCCUACGGUACCGCUACGACUGUGGGGACUACGGCAUGCAGCUGCUGGCGUACCCCACCCGUGGUCGCACUGUCCGCUUCAAGGUCGUGGAUGAGUUUGGCACCCGCUUUGAUGUGGCCAACUGCUCCAUCUGCCUCCACUGGCUCAACACCGGCACAGAUGGCGCUGUCAUCUUCUCAACUGGCUACGAGGGCUGCCAUGUCCUGGUGAAGGAGGACCACUACGUCCUGAGGGUGCACCUGGAGGAGCUGUUGCGCAGUGGGUUCCUCAUUGCCUCCUAUGAAGUCAACAUGACCUGCACGCAGCCGGGGGACUACGACAUCCUCGCCAAUGGCAACAUUCACACCAAUGCUCAGGCUGGCCAGGGCAACGGUGUCCACCACAGCCAGGCUGAUGUCCUUGUCCCCCUGUCCCAGCCUGGCCUCCUCCACCAUAUGUCCCAGUCCACCCUGACCCUCUCGGGACCCCAGCUUGCUCCGCAAGGCAACUCGGAGAAGGCUCCCACCAUAGCUCGGACUCAGCCGGAGCAGACAAACUCUGGGCUGCAGUUCCAGUCUGGCCGGGCUCGCCCAGGUCUUCAGCCCCAGCCUAGCGUGGUUCGCCCCAUCGCCGAACCCCAAAACCAGCCUGGGAUGGUGCACUCUGGAGGUCAAACCCAACCAGGGGUCUUUCACCCAGGUCUUCAGACCCAAAACCAACCUGGGAUGGUGAACUCUGGAGGUCAAAACCAACCAGGGGUCUUUCGCCCAGGUCUUCAGACCCAAAACCAGCCUGGGAUGGUGCACUCUGGAGGUCAAAACCAACCAGGUGUCCUUCGCCCAGGGAUUCAGACCCAAAACCAACCUGGGAUGGUGAACUCUGGAGGUCAAAACCAACCAGGGGUCUUUCGCCCAGGUCUUCAGACCCAAAACCAGCCUGGGAUGGUGCACUCUGGAGGUCAAAACCAGCCAGGGGUCCUUCGCCCAGGGAUUCAGACCCAAAACCAACCUUGGAUGGUGCACUCUGGAGGUCAAACCCAACCAGGGGCCCUUCGCCCAGGGAUUCAGACCCAAAACCAACCUUGGAUGGUGCACUCUGGAGGUCAAAACCAACCAGGGGUCCUUGGCCCAGGGCUUCAGACCCAAAACCAACCUGGGAUGGUGAACUCUGGAGGUCAAACCCAACCAGGGGCCCUUCGCCCGGGGAUUCAGACCCAAAACCAACCUUGGAUGGUGCACUCUGGAGGUCAAAACCAACCAGGGGUCCUUGGCCCAGGGCUUCAGACCCAAAACCAACCUGGGAUGGUGAACUCUGGAGGUCAAACCCAACCAGGGGUCCUUCGCCCGGGGAUUCAGACCCAAAACCAACCUGGAUUGGUGCACUCUGGAGGUCAAAACCAACCAGGGUUCUUUCGCCCAGGGCUUCAGACCCAAAACCAACCUGGAUCAGUGCAUCCUGGAGGUCAAACCCAACCAGGCAUCCUUCGCCCAGGGCUUCAGACCCAAAACCAGCCUGGAUCAGUGCAUCCUGGAGGUCAAGCCCAACCAGGUGUCCUUCGCCCAGACCUUGAGCACCCUGGAGUCCAGUCUGGCUUGACACACGCUGGUGCUCAAACCCAAGCAGGCUUUGUACGCCCAGGAGCUCAGCCCCAAAGCCACCCAGGCUUAGCUCGUCCCAACCUUCAGACCCACUCCCAAGCUGAUCUCCUCCACCAUGGGCUUCACGGCCAAGCUGGGCUGGUCCAUCCUGGCCAUCCCCGACCAGCUCUGACCCAUCCAGGGCUCCAGACCCAACAAAGCUUGGUCCGCCCUGGUCUUCAGGCUCAGGCUCAGCCUGGUUUGCUGCAUCCUGGGCUUCAAUCGCAGCCCAGUCUGCUCCGACCCACAGCGCUCUUCUACCCCGCGGCAGGAGCAGCCCCCCAGCUGACGCGGGAGCAGUGCCGGGUGCCCGUGGGCAGGAUGGCAUGCGUGGUGGUGCCGGGGCGGGUGGCAUGCCUGCAGGCUGGGUGCUGCUACGAUGACACGGACCGCGUCACGCCAUGCUACUACGGCAACACGGCCACCGUGCAGUGCCUGCUGGAUGGGUACUUUGUCCUGGUGGUGCCGCGGGGCUUGGCCACCCAACCCUACAACCUGGACAGCGUGCGCCUCGCCAGCACCCAACCCGGCUGUGAGCCCGUCAGGGCCACCGAGACCUUCGUGAUGUUCCACUUUGCUGUCACGCAGUGUGGCACCACCGUCCAAGUGAUCGAGGACCAGCUGGUCUAUGAGAACCAACUGAUCUCCACCAUCGAUGUCCAGGGGUCCCAUCGUGGCUCCAUCACGCGGGACAGCACCUACAUCCUCCAGGCUCGCUGCAUCUACAACGCCUCUGACCUCCUGCCGUUCCGCAUGGAGGUGGCUGAGCCCACCACCGCCAGCACCAUGACCAUACCGGGACCACUGGGGCUCCAGCUGCGCAUCGCAACUGACGAGAGCUACAGCUCCUACCACUCCGACGGCGACCACCCCUUGGUGAAGGUGCUCCGGGACCCUAUCUAUGUGGAAGUUCGCCUCCUGCAGAAGACAGACCCUAACCUGGUGCUGGUCCUCCACCACUGCUGGGCAUCCCCCAGCACCGAUGCUGGCGCUGAGCCCCAGUGGCCCAUCCUGGUGGACGGGUGUCCUUUUGAAGGGGACAACUACAGGACGCAGCUCGUACCAGUUGGACCGGCAUCGCCACAGGUGCCCUUCCCGAGCCACUACCAGCGCUUCGUAAUCUCCACCUUCACCUUCGUGGAGCCCCCAUCUAUGGCAGCGCUGGAGGGAGAGGUGUACAUCUCCUGCAGCGCUUCUGUGUGCCACCUCUCGCAGCCGGAGCCCUGCCGGCGCUCCUGCCAGCUGGGAGUGCCCUCACGAGCGCGCCGGGCUCUGGGAAACCGGAGAGAUGAAGGCGUGAGUGUGGUCACCUCUCAGGGACACAUUGUCUUCCCCAAGGUGCCCAAGCUACGGAGAGGUUGAGCAUGAAGGUGCUGGAUCCUGCCUCCAGCCAGACACCAUCAAGCUGGAAAAAUAAACUAGCGAAUAGAACGGUUCAAAC